AGAAAAAGACAGUACACACGUCUACUGCGCAUGAGCAACCUAACGAACAUGAUCGCAUGCGCGAAAGUGCUGUUUACGUCGUCCUCCUUUGUUUGAAUUUCACAAAACAGUCAAUUGAAAUGCCACCAAAGGGCAAAUGUGGCAAGGGUGCGAAAGGAGGUGCAUCGGGAAGUGCAGAGACUGAGAAGGAGAAGGCACCAAAAGGAGGCACUGCUGUCAAGGUUCGCCACAUCCUCUGCGAAAAACAUGGGAAAUGCAUGGCGGCAAUGGAGAAAUUGAAAGCGGGCGUUCGUUUCAGCGAAGUUGCAUCACAAUACAGUGAAGACAAAGCGAGACAAGGAGGUGAUCUGGGUUGGAUGACCCGAGGAUCCAUGGUUGGACCUUUCCAAGAGGCCGCUUUUAACUUGGCCAUCUCUUCCAUGGAUAAGCCUGUUUACACAGACCCUCCUGUCAAAACCAAAUUUGGUUACCACAUCAUUAUGGUGGAGGGGAAAAAGUAAUGGGGGACCACACUAAAUUGGGACAUUCAAUUUUACAUUUUGCUCGAUUGUAAAUAUUAUUAUUCCAGUUAGUCCCUUGAUACAAUGUCUGCAAAGAAGAAAGAUUAAAAAAAAGAAAUGA